GGAAGAAGAAGAAGAAAACGCGUGGGGAUCAUUUCAAGCUGCGAUUCCGACGCAACUUCCAGGCCCUGCUGGAGGAACAGAACCUGAACGCAUCKGAAGGCCCCAAUUACGUCUCAGCGGGGGCGGCGCCGUCGCGGCUCCCCCAGCGCCAUUUCUGCGCCGUCUGCGGCUUCCCCUCGGGAUACACCUGCGUCACCUGCGGGGCCCGGUACUGCUGCAGCCGCUGCCUCAGCACCCACCAGGACACACGGUGCCUCAAGUGGACGGUGUGACUCCGCCCCCAUCAUGGCUGCCGCAGCUAUUGUGGUUCUUCCCUCAAAAUGGCCGCCAUGACCACGCCCUGACUGUGCCCACCCCCAAUAUGGCUGCUGUGGCUCCGCCUMCCAAUAUGGCUGUUGUGACUCUGGUUCAACAUGGCUGCUGUGGUUCUGUCCCAGUGUGGUGCUGUGACCCCGCCCACCAAUAUGGCYGCCAUGGCCACAUCCCCAACRUGGCGGUUGUGAYCCCRCCCCCCAAUAUGGCUGCCAUGACCACACCCCAAUAUGGCUGCCAUUGCCAUGCCCUCAACACGGC